GGCCGUUCAGCUGGUGAUGGCGUUUUUCCGUCGAAUCUGACGCUAAAUAUACACAAAAGCUAUACAAGUUGCUUAAGUUCUUCCUCUCUGCGUCCACUUAGGGCAGCCAUGCAGUUCGGGAAGUCUGAGAAAUCGUUAUCCGCCCAAUCUGCGCUCUCACCUGAGGCUGUUGACCCCGAGACCGGUGGAGACACGUAUCUGUAUGGCUCUACAGGAUUCCUGCAUUCUAACAGUCCAAUGCCCUACCCGCGUUUGAGAUGUGAUUUUGCCUUCACUUCAAGGUGGAAACCCACGUUCCGCGAUCGUAGUACAUAUGUUAAACUGGUUCUCGUUGCUGCUUUCGUUCUCUUGACGUGGAGGGUACUGAAAAUGUUCGGUCCACCAGGUACUGGACUUGAAGGGAUGCCUGCGUACGGCGAAUCGCUGGGCUGCGAUGACAGUCGAUAUUUUCAAGGGUUGACUUUCUUCGAAGGCUAUCUCCAUCCCGAACAAGCCCAACACUCUCUCGAUAUCCGUGGCGCCGCAGUUGGCACCGUCCAUAUUCUCCAAGGCGACUCGGACUCUGUGAAAUACGAAAUGCAGUAUUACACGGACUCCAGCUCCCGACGAUCGCAAUUCGCUAUCAAAUCGCCACGACGCGAUGAUGUUGUUACAGGCAGGGAUAUCAGCCGAGUUGAGCUUGCAACUCCACUUGACCUGCAUGGCACCUGCAUGCGGUAUGAUAUGAAGGUCAUCCUUCCACCUCAACUGAAGGAGCUUCAUAUCCGAGCAUUGUCGACAACGCAGAUCAAGAUGUCGCCUCUUGCUGAGGUGUCUCUUGAUAAACUUGUCAUUAGCUUGUACGGAAACGAUAGGAGGAACAUGCUGCUGGUCAGCAAUACCUUCCGUGCCAACCUCACCGAUUUCGAGUUGACAAGUGGUUGGAUCGUCGGGUCUACCCAAGUUCUCAACAAGACUGUCGUCACUACUCAGCUUGGCGACGCCGUGACUGACCUUCACGUCGCGCCAUCACCUGUCGUCACGAAUGGCUCAUCUGUGGCUGAGCUAGAAACGACGACAGGCGCUGGACGGACCAACAUUCUCUACAAUCGCAAGGGAUCAACGCGGCCGAUUCACAGCUCACAUCGUUCAUGGCAUCGCGCCGGCGAUAUGUACCUCGACUAUACCAAGGCCGCCUUCAAUGGAAAGGUCAACAUUGUGGCCAAGUCAUUCUCCGCUCCUGGCAUAAAGCAUUCCAAAGGAGCCGGGUGGAUGUUUGUGGGUGAGGAGGAUAUCGAUACGCUCAUUAUUUCUUCGAAAGGCUGGGUGGGUCUGGAUCUUGGGAAGUCUCAGAGUUAAUGCUCUUCUUGGAUAUACUGGGUGUUUUGGUUGUAAUCUAUUGGGUAUGGUUAUCCUGUUAUUGUGAGUGUAUCGUCCUUCAUCCUUUUCUACUCGUCUGUCAUGUGUUCUCAUUUGAUCGCUCUCUAGUGUUGUAUCUGUAUUGUGCACAAGUAAUAAUCAUCGGGUUUUAAUGCGUAUUUGCUAUCUGUUUUCCUCACCCACUGUUGGGCCCUUAUAACGCGGUCUUCCCUUGCGCAACAUAAGAGACAUUGGGCUGGGUGGCGGAAGACCUCAUUAUGGCCAUGACUGUUGCUGCAUGCGAGUCAUACAAGUCCGCCGGGACUUGGGAGGACGGCAUCGCUCGCCGCGGUUCGGGAAAUUCAUAAACCACCACGCCUACCAUAUUUGGAUUUGAUGCGCCUCAGGCGCCGUGUUCGGUGAUCGGUAGCCUUCAAGCACCUCGUUGACUUCUGGUGUUCAGUGACCGACUGAAAGCGGGGCACACAUGUUUUCUACUAUGUCCUACGCUCACUUAUCGCAGGCAGUUGCCUUUGCAAUCACUUACCGUCUC